CCCCUCGCAGGACCGUCCAAGCGCUAUCCUCUCAACGUCGUCAACAACUACGUUACAAGGCCACCAGCUUCGCCACCGAAACCCGCUGAGAAACAAAAACAGCCAGCGUCACCUCCUUUGCCUCGCCAGAACAGUAAAACUGCACCGCCGUCACCGCCGAAGGUCAUUUCCGACAGCAAGAACAAUAGGGUAUACCACCGAUUGGACUUUUUGGGAGAGGGAGGGUUCGCUCGGGUAUACGAAGUAAGAGAUGUUCGAGGAUCUAAAUGGGCAUGUAAGGUGGUUACCAAGAGCUCUCUCAAGACCAAGAAGGCAAAAACCAAGUUAUACGCCGAAAUCAAGAUCCACAGAUCCCUCGAACAUCCGAACAUUGUCGGUUUUAUGGACUGCUUUGAAGAUGACGAAAACGUUUACAUGACCCUCGAACUCUGCCUCGGUGGGUCCCUCAUGGAUCUCCUACGCAGACGUAGACGCUUCACCGAGCCCGAAACUCGGUUCUUUAUGGUCCAAAUCCUCGGUGCCUGCCAUUAUAUGCACACCCAUCAGGUCAUCCACCGUGACCUCAAACUUGGCAACAUAUUCCUGGACGCCAAUAUGAACAUCAAAGUGGGAGACUUCGGUCUUGCCGCCCUCAUCGAGAACGAAGGUGAACGUAAGAAGACAAUAUGUGGAACACCGAACUAUAUUGCACCAGAAGUCCUGUUCGAUACGGCGAAUGGUCAUAGCUUCGAAGUCGACACAUGGUCUACAGGCGUCAUCCUGUACACCCUUGUGGUGGGACGCCCCCCUUUCCAGACAAAGGAAGUGAAAGGAAUUUACAACCGCAUCAAAGAGAAUGACUAUGACUUCCCUCCAGAACGUCCAGUAUCAUCCGAGGCCAAGGAGCUCAUCACGAGUAUCCUCGCAUCUGACCCACAGCUCCGCCCGACUGUCCAUGAAAUCGUCGCUCACCCCUUCUUGAGCGAAGGUACUUUUCCGCCUUAUAUCCCCAUCUCUGCGAACGAGAGCAUCCCCACCUUCCAACAUAUCAAUCGUGUGUCAAGCGAAGCCAACUAUAGACGUAUCAAGCGCAAGGCUCUUUUGGACGAGGAUCAGGUGACAUCCAUCGCUCUUCCUAAGUCGCAGGUCUCUGCAGCGACGUCUGGAGCAAUGAAAAGCGUUACUUCGAGCAUCGCUCAGCAGGAGAAAGAGUUCCAGAAAGCUGUCCAGCCUGGCUCCCCCAUCUCUGCCUUGUUGAGUUCUGCAAGGCAGCCGCUCUUAAUGAGCACAACUACCGGCAAUGGUGGGGGAAGCAAGGAAUCUCCGUUGAUGAGAAAGCUGCAAGCGGCCUCAAAACAGGCCUCACCUCUUGGACCCCCCAAAGGACGAGGUGCCGUUGGUCGUGCGGCUGGCAGAGGUUUGCAGGGCAUUAGGGAGGAAGAUGGUGAGCAACAACAAAGAGACAAGGCACGGAGGAAGGAGGUGGAGGCUAUGAAAGCCCGGAUCGUCGCUCAGAUGGCUGAGCCCAAGGAGGAAGAUACCGAGGACGAGAGAGAGAACAUGCCACCUGUCAAGAACGAGGCGCGGAAGCGCAAGGAUGUGGACGUCAGAGAUGACAGACUACAACCAAGACUGACUGGGCAGGAGCUAAAAAAUAGGCUCACCGGCUUUGAUGGUGCUGCGCAUGUGCUCUCGCUUGCGUUUGAUGCAAAGGAGCGGGGGAAAUUAUUCCGUGACCCUAGAGAAGAUCCACAGCUUCCUCUUCCCGAGGAACGUGUGUUCAUCGUUUCCUGGGUGGAUUACUGUAACAAAUAUGGCAUGGGCUAUGCUCUGACCGAUGGUAGCGUUGGCGUUCAUUUCAACGACACAACAAGCCUUAUCCUGAGUGCUGAUAAACGGCACUUUGACUACCUGGCGGCAAGGAAACAGGGGGUCAUGUUCGUGAAGAAGUCGUACACGGUAGAUGAAUACCCAGAUGACUUGAAGAACAAGGUAUAUCUGCUGAAGCACUUCGAGCGGUAUAUCAUGGAUCGUCUAUAUGGAGAAUAUGAGUACACGUUUGAGGACGUAGACAGGACGAAGGGCAUGGACUGGGUGCAGAAGUACCUAAGGAUGAAGCAUGUCAUCGUCUUCAAGAUGAGUCACGAUGUAUUACAACAGUUCAACUUUUACGACCAUUCGAAGAUCAUCCUAUCUUCGCAUGGACUAUUGGUGACGCAUAUCGAUAAGCACUAUAAGAUGACACGCUGGACGUUGAGCGAGAUUAUGGCUACGGCAUUGAAGGCGGAGGCUGGCAAUAUCGAUGAGGCGCAGGCGAAGUUCAACGGGAAGCUCGUCGACAAGCUGAGGUAUUGCCGGGAAGUGCUGGUCAACAUCAAGACGGCAAGUGGUGUGGAGGGAGUGAAGGAGACCCAAGUGACGAAGAGGGCAUCCAAGGCAUCUUUGCGGUGAGGGGUAACGUGUGCCUAUGACGAUGCUAGGUCGUCGAAGUUGACUCAGAAUGGAAGUUGUACUUCUGUUCCUUUACUAUUUCGACACAUAGGCGUACGCAUACCUUCCGGACAACAACCGUCUACAUUUUUCUCAUGAUAACGCCUCAGAUGCAUUUGUCCAUAUAGUAGCACGCACGGUAUAUUUAUGGUGAAGGCCUGGAGUAGUUCAGGCCUUCCCGAGUCUUGUAUAUACAUCGAACACAUAACAAAUGAAUGACCUUCGCAGAACUGGUAUCUAGACUCUUCUGGACUACUUACUGCUUUAACACCGUGCCAUGCCUUACAAACCCGUUCAGACCACCAGGAAGAAUUUGAUAGGAAGACCAGUUGUAGAGGUCAGUGGAAUCCGAGUAGAUGUAUUUGCCAGAAUCGUAGCCAUCGGCAUAUCUGC